AUGGACCGACCAGUGUUGCCCACCAGCGCCACCACCUGCCCUGCUCGCACCCUCUGCUGGGGUGAAGAGACGAGUGGAAACGGAGAGUGCAGGGGGGCGGGGGACGGGUGGGUGGGGAGGGAGAAAGCGUGUGCAGAUGCGACCCCAUGGACCGGCGGCCAGAGUUGCCCACCGGCACCACCACCUGCCCUGCUCGCACCCUCUGGGGGAGUCAAGCAGCGAUUGAAAGGGGGUGUUGAGACUGUGACGAGCACCAGCAGAGGUAGAGUGGUGCAUGACGCAGGUGGGGAGGCAGGAAUGCAGGAGUGCAGGAAGGUGGAGAGGGGUGCAUGGGAGUUCCUAAAGGCCACGCACCAGCUCCAUUACCUGCCCUGCAUGCAUGCUCUGGAGGAGUCAAGGGAGGGGAAGCGUGCAGUCAAGGGAGGGGAAGCGUGCAGUCAAGGGAGGGGAAGCGUGCAGUCAAGGGAGGGGAAGCGUGCAGUCAAGGGAGGGGAAGCGUGCAGUCAAGGGAGGGGAAGCGUGCAGUCAAGGGAGGGGAAGCGUGCAGUCAAGGGAGGGGAAGCGUGCAGUCAAGGGAGGGGAAGCGUGCAGUCAAGGGAGGGGAAGCGUGCAGUCAAGGGAGGGGAAGCGUGCAGUCAAGGGAGGGGAAGCGUGCAGUCAAGGGAGGGGAAGCGUGCAGUCAAGGGAGGGGAAGCGUGCAGUCAAGGGAGGGGAAGCGUGCAGUCAAGGGAGGGGAAGCGUGCAGUCAAGGGAGGGGAAGCGUGCAGUCAAGGGAGGGGAAGCGUGCAGUCAAGGGAGGGGAAGCGUGCAGUCAAGGGAGGGGAAGCGUGCAGUCAAGGGAGGGGAAGCGUGCAGUCAAGGGAGGGGAAGCGUGCAGUCAAGGGAGGGGAAGCGUGCAGUCAAGGGAGGGGAAGCGUGCAGUCAAGGGAGGGGAAGCGUGCAGUCAAGGGAGGGGAAGCGUGCAGUCAAGGGAGGGGAAGCGUGCAGUCAAGGGAGGGGAAGCGUGCAGUCAAGGGAGGGGAAGCGUGCAGUCAAGGGAGGGGAAGCGUGCAGUCAAGGGAGGGGAAGCGUGCAGUCAAGAGAGGGGAAGCGUGCAGUCAAGGGAGGGGAAGCGUGCAGUCAAGGGAGGGGAAGCGUGCAGUCAAGGGAGGUGAAGCUAAACGAGAGGUGAGGAGAGGGGAGUGUGCGGAGUGA